AUGGAAUGGGAUCAUGAGCUCAAAAUAUUUGACAGCUGCUACAGCAACGUCACACUAAAAGUCAAGGAAUUGCUCGGAGACGUCAUGGACGGAUGGGAGGGACACCGCGAUCCGGACGAGAACCGCCGAAAGGAACUAGCCAAAACAAUCUGCAACGUUCUCGAAGGAGAAGCAAGCAAGAACAAAGAAGCAAAGCAGAACAAGUUAUCCGAGGCCGAAAUGAGAGGCUUUGUGGGUGAAUUACAAGACACGUUCCGAAACAUGAUUGCCGCGCAGAAGAAGAAUCGCCCUGCCGGCAAGAUCUCAUACGACAGCGUGAGCAGGUGCAUCAAAACGAAGAAACCGACCAAGGACAAGGGAACGUAA